AUGAAAUCAAUCCGCAACUUACGCAAAUAUACCAAAUUUCCUCCUAGACGAAGAAUUGUUGUUACUGGGAUGGGAGUAGUGUCACCGUUAGGAACAGGUACUCAACUUGCUUGGCAAAACCUUUUAAAAGGUCACUGUGGCAUAGUUGAACUCAAAGAUAAGGAAUAUUCCAAAUUACCUAGCAGGAUAGCAGCAGUAAUACCAAACGACGCCAAUAGUGAAUUAACCAAAGCUCUGUCCAAAUCAAAUUUGAGAUUUAUGGCACCUGCUACUUGCUUAGCUCUUCUUGCAACUUCCGAGGCAUUGAAAGAUUCUAAUUGGAUGCCAGAAUCUGAUAAAGAUAGAGAAUCAACAGGAGUAACUUUAGGUAUGGGAAUGAUUGAUCUUAAAGAUGUAUGUGAAACGAAUGAUGCUUUGCAGUUAGGUUAUAAUAAAGUAAGCCCAUUUUUUGUACCCAGGAUAUUACCAAAUAUGGCUGCAGGUCACAUAAGUAUCAAAUAUGGUUUUCGAGGACCUAAUCACGCAGUAUCUACAGCCUGUGCUACAGGCGCUCAUUCUAUUGGUGAUGCUUUUAGGUUUAUAAGAAAUGGUGAUGCUGAUGUUAUGGUUAGUGGGGGAGCAGAAGCCUGCAUCAGUCCUUUAGCCAUUGCUGGAUUUUGUCGUCUAAGAGCAUUGAGCACAGCAUUUAACAAUGAACCUCACAAAGCUUCGAGACCAUUUGAUAAACAAAGAGAUGGUUUUGUUAUGGGUGAAGGUGCUGCCGUUUUAAUUUUAGAGGAAUAUGAGCAUGCUUUACGAAGAAAUGCAAAAAUAUAUGCUGAAAUAUUGGGUUAUGGUUUAUCAGGAGAUGCUUCACAUAUUACUUCUCCUAAAGAAGAUGGCAGUGGUGCUAUAUUAUCAAUGAGGAGAGCUUUACAAGACGGCAAUAUUGAAAGUGGUGAAAUCACAUAUAUCAAUGCACAUGCUACAUCAACUCCACUUGGUGAUGGUAUUGAAUCUACAGCUAUUAAGACUCUAUUCAAUGAUAAUUUUAAAAAUAUAAUGGUUUCUUCUACUAAAGGAGCUCAUGGCCAUUUACUAGGUGCAGCAGGAAACCUUGAAGCUGUAUUUACUGUUUUGGCAUGUUAUCAUGGAAUUGUACCACCAACUUUAAAUUUAGAAGAUCCUAUUGAUGACCUAAAUUAUGUAGCUAAGGUACCACAUAAAUGGAGACAAGAAAGGAGAAUAGCACUAAAAAAUUCAUUUGGAUUUGGUGGAACAAAUGCAACACUUUGUAUCUCAAAUAUU